ACGCCAUCUCCGGGCGCCCGGCUGGGGGGGCGCUGGGUGUGGGGCGGCUCCGGGGCCGGGGAUGGCGGCGGCCGCGGUUGCGGCGGCUCCGGGACAAGCGGGAGGAGCCCGGGGAGCGCCGUGAGAUGGGCCGACUCCCAAGCCAGUGGGGAGGACACUGCUUCUUACUACAGCUGCUCAGAAGCACCACUGGAAGCUCAGAUCCAAAGACCUGAAGCCUGAUUAGAAGAAAUAGGUGACAAAUUUCAUAUGGGUUGAAGCAUUCAGACCAAAAAGACUACUUUAUUACAAUGGAAAAAAGCAUGUGUGAAAGGUGACAGAGAAAAGGGGGAGAGAACUUUCUUAUGAAUCACACACACUUAAGAAAUAAACAGGUAUAUUUGGAGGAAUGGAACCAGAAUUUUAAAAAGUGCUGCCUAGAGCAGACCUAUAAUGGAAAAGGAGCCACUGGCAAAGGAAAACACAAAGGAAAAAAUAAAGGGAAUGAAUGAAGAAGGAAAAUUAAAGGUGGUUAAUGAGAAGAAAGAAGCAUCGCCAGACUAGGGAGUCACCAAGUCUGUGUGAGAUGUGGGCGCCCCAGCCAGCAGCAGAGAGGGGUGCAGGGGAGCCACAAAGAAGCCCCUUCUGAUGCCCCAAGGAGCAAGCCGACCACUUCCAGGCUCCAGGAACACCACAAAGCAAUAUGAAACCUGUUCAUGAAAGGAGUCAGGAAUGCCUUCCACCAAAGAAACGAGACCUCCCCGUGACCAGCGAGGAUAUGGGGAGAACUACCAGCUGCUCAACUAACCACACACCCUCCAGUGAUGCCUCUGAAUGGUCCCGAGGGAUUGUGGUGGCGGGGCAGAGCCAGGCAGGAGCCAGAGUCAGCCUGGGGGGUGAUGGAGCUGAGGCCAUCACUGGUCUGACAGUGGACCAGUAUGGCAUGCUGUAUAAGGUGGCUGUGCCACCUGCCACCUUCUCCCCAACUGGCCUCCCAUCCGUGGUGAAUAUGAGCCCCUUGCCCCCCACAUUUAAUGUAGCGUCUUCACUGAUUCAACAUCCAGGAAUCCACUAUCCCCCAAUUCACUAUGCUCAGCUCCCAUCCACCUCUCUGCAAUUUAUUGGUUCUCCUUAUAGCCUUCCCUAUGCUGUGCCACCUAAUUUCCUUCCAAGUCCCCUCCUUUCUCCUUCUGCCAACCUCACCACAUCUCACCUUCCACACUUUGUGCCAUAUGCCUCACUCCUGGCAGAAGGAGCCACUCCUCCCCCCCAGGCUUCAUCCCCAGCCCAUUCAUUCAACAAAGCCCCCUCUGCCACCUCCCCACCUGGGCAGUUGCCACAUCACUCGAGUACUCAGCCACUGGACCUUGCUCCAGGUCGGAUGCCCAUUUAUUAUCAGAUGUCCAGGCUACCUGCUGGGUACACCUUGCAUGAAACCCCUCCAGCAGGUGCCAGCCCAGUUCUUACCCCUCAGGAGGGCCAGUCUGCUCUGGAAGCAGCUGCUGCCAAUGGACAGAGACAGCGAGAGCGAAAUCUAGUGAGACGGGAAAGCGAAGCCCUCGAUUCCCCCAGUAGCAAGGGCGAGGGCCAAGGACUGGUGCCAGUGGUAGAAUGUGUGGUGGAUGGACAGCUAUUUUCAGGUUCUCAGACUGCGCAGGUGGAGGUGGCAGUGCCAGCACACCGAGGUACCCCAGACACCGACCUUGAGGUCCAGCGGGUGGUUGGCGCUUUAGCUUCUCAGGACUAUCGCGUGGUGGCAGCUCAGAGGAAGGAUGAGCCCAGCCCCCUCAACCUGUCCCAUCAUAACCCUGACCCUCAGGGUGAGGGGCGAGGCUCAGCCAGGAACCCUGCAGAGAUGGCUGAGAAAAAUCAGGCCCGAGGGCUCUACCCACAGUCCCAUCAAGAACCCAUGAAACAUAGACCUGUACCCAAAGCAAUGGUUGUAGCCAAUGGCAACCUGGUGCCCUCUGGAACUGACCCAGGCCUGCUGCCCAUGGGCUCGGAGAUCCUGGUGGCAUCAAGUUUGGACGUGCAGGCCAGAGCCACCUUCCCAGACAAGGAAUCAACGCCACCCCCCAUUACCUCUUCCCACUUGCCCUCCCACUUUAUGAAAGGCGCCAUCAUCCAGCUGGCUACCGGGGAGCUGAAGCGGGUGGAGGACCUCCAGACCCAGGAUUUUGUGCGCAGUGCCGAAGUGAGCGGGGGGCUGAAGAUUGACUCUAGCACAGUCGUGGACAUUCAGGAGAGCCAGUGGCCUGGAUUUGUCAUGCUGCAUUUCGUGGUUGGUGAGCAGCAGAGCAAAGUGAGCAUCGAGGUGCCGCCCGAGCACCCCUUCUUUGUAUAUGGCCAGGGUUGGUCCUCCUGCAGCCCUGGGCGGACUGCACAACUCUUCUCUCUGCCCUGCCAUCGGCUCCAGGUGGGAGAUGUCUGCAUCUCUAUCAGUUUACAGAGCUUGAACGGUAACUCAGUUUCUCAGGCCAGCUGUGCUCCCCCAGGCCAGCUGGGAACCCCCCGAGAAAGGCCUGAGAGGACAGUCUUGGGACCCCGAGAGCAAUGUGACAGUGAUGGGAAAAGCCAGCCGUCAGGUGAGAGCUCUCGAAUGGCAGAGCCCUCGCAGCCAGAGCCAGGUGCUCAGGCCUGCUGGCCAGCCCCAAGCUUCCAAAGAUACAGCAUGCAAGGGGAGGAGGCACGGGCUGCGCUGCUCCGUCCCUCUUUCAUUCCACAAGAGGUAAAGCUGUCCAUCGAAGGGCGUUCCAAUGCAGGAAAAUGAACCUCUCCCAGACCCAGCCUGGGGCUCUGCCCCAGAGCUGGGCCUCACCGUGAGCAGGCAGAGGAUUUGCACAUGCCGAGCAGGGGGUGGCUCUCUUGGCGGUAAGGUUGCAGGGGAAGAGGAGGCAUGAAGGCAGCCUCCCAAGGCAGAGUCUGUUGCCCAUUACCCCAUGGCCUCCUUUCAGGACAGCCACAGAGGGUGCUGUGAUGGGGAGCAGAAGGCCUGGGCCAAGAAAGGAAGGGGGUGCACACAGAAUGAGAAACAUUCCAAAUAUCAGGGCCUCCCUGUUCUUUCCUCCCCAUCCCUAGCUCCUGCAAGGGGAGAGUCAGGCUUUGGAGCAGGUGGCAGAGGGAGGGAGCAAAGAAAGAGCCAAAAAUGAUGAUCCACAGCUUAUAGUAGCAGUUCAACUGUCUGAAGUCUUUUUUCCUUUAUUUUUGUGAUGGGAGGGCGGGAGGCCCCAUGGUUGGAAAUAAGAGGGUUCCCACCCAGAACUCCUCUUUUGAGAGCCGUGCACUUUAAAGGGUAGUUUUGUUACAGACGACUGUGGCUGGUUUUGGCUGGGGGACUCCCCUUGAUCCUCUACUUCAGCCCUUUCCCGUCUCUCCCCACCAUCCCUCCCACAAGGCUUCUAGCACCAUGAGAGAGAAGCCUCGCCAGGGUUCAGUGUGAAGUACUGCCUUGACGGGGACCCAAUCAGGGGCUUUGGGAGAGAGACCUGAUGGCCAGGCCGACUGGACUCUAGGCAGGGCUUCUAGAAAGGUAGCUGACCUAACAAAGCUCUUCCUACUCAACAUGUCAGACCCACUUUGAAACUGUACCGAAUCCCUAGUUGGUAAUGAUGACUUUUGAGAGAACCAGUGGACCCUUUCCCCAGAACCCUCCACCCCCUCCCUCCGUCUGUCUAUGUUGUGCCUAAGUGCCUGCGCUGCCCCCACCCUCUCGCUGCCCUAACUUCUCUGCAUGGUGUCUUGACUUGGGCCUAAUUCGUAACUGCACUGCCUUUCCCCUUCUGCAAAACUGGUUUUGUCCACUCUGACCAAGACCUCUAGUUUUUGGUGUGUAGGGGUCUCUCUGGUUUCCCUCUCACUUAUAUUCUCUAUUUUUAAAAACUCAGAAUCAUGUCCCUUUCUCUUCUGCAGCUGAGCUGUUUGGUGGUGAAACAAGAAGGGAACAGGGCAAAUACAGCUGGCUGGGCAGUGCCCAUCCUUGCUUUUUUAUGGAGUCCGUCUCUUACGCUACUCCCUCUCCUAGGAGUUCAGACUUCUCCAGGCUGUCAUUUCCCACAGCCAGCUCUAAGGUUCCAGGAUGGUCUUGAUAAUCUUUCAAUACCUGAAAAGUCUCCUAGAUUUCAUUUCAUGGUGGAGUAUUCCUCUGCAAAGAGUAUUUUCAAUCUUAGUUGCAUUUGCCCCACUGUGUCUUAAAGUCCACUUUUUCUUCAAAACUUUUAGCAUCAGCUUGGACAGUGGGAUUCCAGUGGAUAUUGAGGAUUAGACUCCCCCCAUCUGCUUUCAGGUGGGUUGGGUGGGUUUUUUGUUUGUUUUUUGGGGGUCUUUAGACUCUUGAAGCAACUCAGGGUAUUGUCCACUUAGCUCUCUGGUGAGGCUUCUCCCAGGGUCUAACCCUGGCAUUUCCUUUCGAGAUGGACUGGCCGAGGCCUGGCCUAUCAUCAGGAGUCCCAAACCUCCGAGGUCUGAUCUCUGCUCUGUCAAAGACUUUAGGCAAGUCUUGUGACCUCUCGCUCUUUCACUUCCUCCCCAGCUGCCAAAUGGGGAUAAAUAAUCUUACCUACCUCCUGGGGGAGGGAGAGUUCUGAGAAUGGAGUCAUUCUUAAUGUUCAGGUGCUACAGGUUGUUCUCCUGGGGGAACAAAGUGACUGAGAUGGCUUGUUUGCUACAAGCCCUACACUCCAUUGUUUCAUUCCUUGAGAGCAGUUACCUGGUCAGCUUUUGGAGGCCCGCCCAAAGGAAGCUGCUGACCUGACCCCAAGUACUUAAGCAUCCAGUUCACCUCAGAACCAAACACCGCCCCUGUCUGGAGAACACUCAGCCUUGUACGUGUUUGGGAUCAUGUCCUUUCCCUUCUCUGUCCCCAUUCUCUUUGAAUGCUGCUUUCUGUGGCUUGUUCCCUCCAGGGGGCCUGUGAGACUGAGUCCCGAGGAGUCUUCUCAGAUGGCAGCCCCAGGAGAAGGCCUCACUAACUGUUCCAUGAGCAACUCAUUCCUAGUGUCUCAUGCAUGGGUUUCUCAGAGACAUUCUCAUUAGGAAGGCUCAUCAGCUGAAUAUAGUGACAGGCACACAGUAGACACUCAAGAAAUAUCCACCAAGGAUACCAACUGAGCUUCCUCCUUAUGGGAGCAAACCUGUAUCUAAAGCAGGCCAAGUAGUUAAAAUCAAACAACCUUCAACUUCCUAGCCCGGCAACUUCCACUCAAUCCUAGAAAGAGGAAAUCUUGUGCACCUUGCCAAGUUGGGCCCUGAACUCUGCUAAUAUUCCUCUUCUGUCUCUUGCUGGUGAAGCAAUACCAGCAGCUCCCCUAACACUGUGCUGUGCAUUUGUGGUAUGUUAAUGCUUGAUUCUGCUGAGCUGCAGAGGUGGCUUUCGUAAAGUAUGGCCUCCAAGGGAAAGAAGCUCUGUGCCAUAAAACUUGGCAAGAGCUGUGGCAUUCCUCUUACCUUUUCCCUCUGGUUCAGUCUUUUCUUCCAGGCAUGAGGAAUAAGAAGAACCGAUGGUGUGCCCAUUCUUCCUUAUAAGGAUUUCUUAGGCUUUAUUGUAAGAGACCUAAGAGCAGUUUUGAGAGAGAGCAUUUUGGUGGCAAGCUAUCAGGUUUGGGGGGAAUUGGGCAAUUGAACAAGGCCCACGUUAGUAGUAGAACAGCCUGAGAGCUUAUGGAUAGAAAGGAAAAUGGCUAAUUCUGGCACUAAACAGAAAUGCCUAUACCAAUUUGGGCAUUAGGGGAACCGGGUAGAGGACAGGUAAUGCAUUCAAGUCUUGAAUCUUCAUUCCUAUCAAGAUUAGUGUCAACAGGGCGGGGGGUGGGGAGUGUAGGGGGAGGGGAAACUGGGAGGUCAGAGCUGAGCACUCAUACCCGAGGGAAGAGGUUCCAGUAGGUCUGGACUGACCUUUCUACACUCUUGGUCCCAGUUGGCUGUAACACCAAGGGCUGUGGUCUGUGCUGCUUUGCCACUGCUGCUGUCUGCUCACUGUCCUGCCUGCUGCCCUUUAUAGCUCCCUGUCUUUCUGUCUUUGGCCAUUUAAAUGAAAUUCAGGCAUUCUGUCUAUUCUUACAUGUGCAGGUGUUAUUUUAUAUCAAAGUCAUUGAGUAGGGAUAGUAUGAAAUGCUGCUGGUGGGCUGAUAAAUCCAAAGGGAUAUGGCUUCAGUGCUUGUUGGGAGCCCUUUGGCUCUAAAUAUCUGACUCUUUUGAAGCAGAGACAAGCAAGUCCUAUUAGUGGGUGUUUUCUGUGUAUUAACUUCUUUCCUUUAUGCUAUCUUGUAUCCUGUUUUAAAAAAUAAAUGAUGAGGAACCAGGUUAGGGCCCGUGUCAGCAUCCCAGGAAAGUUUAUCUGGCUCCAGUUAUAUGGAUUCUGGGGUUGGGGAAGGGUUUGAGGUUUGAAAUAGCCCCUCAACUGGGGUUCGGUUUUAUUUUUACCACUGGGCACCGUAGGCGAUACACAGGGUGGUGGUAUAAAAACCUGCAACAAGCAGGCAUGUUGAAGAGUUGAGUUUCACACUGGAGAUAAAGGGUGGACAUGGGUUGACUGGGAAAGCACCUGGGUCCAUUAGAAUAAAGAUCACCUGAUUGAUUGGAUUGGCCUUGGGAGAGUAAGUCAGUCUUAAAAGCAAAGUAAAAUUGGGCAAAGGCCAAGUUUUUCGGGAGAUGUCUUGGCCUCCUAGGGCUAAGUUUACCAAACCACACUGAAGCUACAGUACUUUCCAGAUGGGAAAAAGUGAACACUACAGUUGAGCAAAACCGUGCUAGGUUGGAUGUUGACCGGGAACCUAUUAGCCCUUUGCUGGGAAGCCUUCAUCCUUCAGCUUCCCUGGGGUAGGGAAGGCUUCCCACAUUAUGCAAUAAUAAAAUAAGCAUCUGGGUCUUCACAGCUGUCAGUUGCUCUUUCAGCUCUAGAAUCCAUCUUUGGGCCAGAAGCCUGGUCUGGGCCUAGAAUGAUACUGGCCCUUGAGAUGCUAGAGUUGGCUGCACUCUCUCCUUACCUGCAGACUAUGCACAGUGCCUGGGGCGGAAGAAGGAGAGGUGGUGCGCUUUGCCCUGCUGAGCCUCCCCAGCAGGAACAGUAGUAAUAAAUGCACUUUUCACACUAAGGUUUCUUUAUUAGUCCUCCUGUUGAGCCUAGAUCCUUCCCCGGUAGAUUGCAAACUCAAAGUCUGUGUGAUUUCCCCAAGCCAUUCUACUGCAAAUGCCCAGCAGUGAAGAUGGCCUCAAAUUGGGUUCCUGUCUGCAGUGUGUGUGGCGGCAGCCCAUGUGCCUUUACCUAUUGUCAGACUUGCAAACAUUUAUUUCUGUCUUUAUGACUCUCAUGGGGAUUGAGGUUCUUUGGAGAGAGAGUGCGAGCGCAAGCGAGCUGAUGACACAGUGGUUUUACACCCACUCCCUGGACAGGGAGCUUGCAUGUAGUUGUGAGCUGUGAGUGGUUGGUGCAUCGCUGGUGUUACUGAAGGCAGGGUUCAUCCCUCAUUUGCUUGACACUCGCAUUCAAGAGAAGCUUGUAUUGGGGAAGAUACUGACUGUAUUCGUGGCAAACUUGAAGUAUUAAAAAUAAGGUGUCCCUACAACCUUUCUAGUCACACACAGGUUCCCUGUAGCCAAAACAGUAUAUGUUCCAGCUGCAGAGAGCAGGUUGCUCUCAGCUUGCACAGCACCUUAGGGGAGGGAAGAAUAAAUGGAUGGGGAAUGGGGUGGAGAAAGGAGGAUGGGAAUGUUGUCAUCCAGGUGGCUUUAGGGUCCUGAGGAGUAGAAGAGGACGCCACUGGGGAGGUCUGACGGAUGGAUCUAAUUUGUGUAGGAGUUCCCUGUAGAUAAAUUACUGAUCUCCCAACUACUAUCCCCAGUAUGUAAUGGCUAAAUUAAUAUGUAAUCAACUGCAUUGUAUCUAAAGCCUUAGAACUAGUCAGGUGCUCCCCCCACCCAAUACCAUUUCUUACCCUCUAAUCCUACCUGAUCUUUAACAAAGCAUUAAUAAUUCUGAGGAUAAUCUCUAUUUUGUUGUGCUUUUUUGUAACUGUUUUAAAUAAAUCAAUUUGUACUGUA